AUGGACCUCGAGGCUGUUCUUAACCUCUUCGAUUCAUGUUGGUUCGAACUCGAAAUCCUUAAUAAACGUUCAAAUUACAAGAAAACUCCAGACGACAAAAUUCAAGAAAAUUUAGUUGAAAGUACUGAAAAAGAUUCAGUACUAUUAGAAAUAAUACAGCUAGGGUCACAAAGUGAUGAUUUGAGCUAUAAUUCAGAUUCGUUCUCACCGGAUUCAGUUCUACCAGCAACCCAUUUUCAGCCAGAUGGUAAAAAAGCAGAAUCAAAGAAAGUAAAGGGUAGAAGAAGAAGAAGAACAACAAGAAGAACCAAAAAGGGUCUAAGCAAGAGCUUAUCAGAGCUAGAAUAUGAGGAGCUAAAAGGGUUUAUGGAUCUUGGAUUUGAAUUCUCACAAGAAGAUGUGAAUUCAAGUUUAGUUGAGAUUAUUCCAGGUUUACAGAAAUUGCGCAAAAACAGGGACAGUGAUGAUAAUGAUCAAGAUAAAAAAGUGGAUAUUUUUGAGAAAUCUGAUAAGUCAAGAGCCAGGCCUUAUCUUUCUGAAGCAUGGGGAGUUCUUGAAAAGAAGAGGAAAAUGAAUCCAUUGAUGAAUUGGAAAGUACCAGAAACAAGCAAUGAAAUUGACAUGAAACAUAGUCUUAAAUGGUGGGCUCAUACUGUUGCUGCAACUGUUAAACAACAGAAUCUGAAGGGUCACAUACAGCGGUGCACUAAAACUCCCGCCUAUUAUAAGCGGUCUUAUCCUGCACUUCUGUAG